AUGAAUUUAGAAGACGCACGCAACAACAACAAAACAAAUCGUCCUUCUGAGCGACUAAGUCGAAUUGUUCGAAUAACACGAAUUUGUAGCGACAUCUGCGGUGCCGAUGUAUUCGAUCCAAAUUAUCAUGUUAACAUCCGCACCUGUCUGGUCCUUUUCAUAAUCAAUUUCAGUAUUAUAACAUUCUGCGUCACAAUUUAUAAAGGAUUGGCGGGUGAUGAUGAUUGGAAAAUAUUCCUACAGGUUCUCUCAGUGGGUGGGGGAACCCUUACACAAGGAUAUUGUAAGCUGGUCAACUGCCUUCGACAACGAUCGAAGUUUUGUUACCUACUGGACGAAGUAUUUUCGUUAUUCAAGGAAUACGAAUUAAAAUCUCCCAGUUACAGGGUCUACUUGAAUCAAGGCUGUCAAGUGCUUACUUAUUUUAUGAAAUUGUGUGCCGUUGUAAAUGUAACCAUGAUUUGUGGCCUGAUUCUGGUGGCGGUGGCAGUGAAUGCAAUCUUCAACAAACACCAACUUAUCGUCUAUGGUAAUAUCCUUGGAGCAGAUCCAACAACACCCAACGGAUUUAUUGCCACAAUGAUUGUUCAAUCGGGAUUUUUAAUGGUCGGUGGUUUUGGUCUCUAUGCUGGUGAUAUGGCAUUCUUUACGCCAAUUUCUCAGAUUGCCACAAUGAAGGGAAUCUUACGUUGCAAAUUUGAGGACAUCAAUGCUGUCAUUGAAGGAGAAGAUCAAGAAGAUCAUUUAAAGAUUUCCCGUUUAUUGAGUGAUGAUACGUAUUAUUGGGUAAUUGUAGCUCAAAUAAGUACCUAUUCAAUCGGUAUUGUUUGUUCUCUGUUUUGUAUUUUGUUGGGAACCUGGCCUGGAGGAUACAUAUACAUGAUAUAUUGCCUUGUAAUGCUGUUCGUGUAUUGUGGCAUUGGAACCUUGGUUGAUGUGACUGUAAGUAUGAGAAGUAAUGUCCAAAAUUAA